GCGUGUCAAUCGGCAGUGACGCCACCAGGCAACGGCGUCAUUUGAAUGGAGAAUCCCACAACAAACAUGGCGGACGAGCACACAGACGCACAACACACCAUGGAGCAUUCCACUACUACCGCGUCGGAGAACCCGCAUGCGGAGUUCGGCCUGACGGACAGCAUCCAGCGGACGCUGGAGCAGGAGAAGACGUCCGCCAAGCAGAAAGUGGACCUGCAGGCGCUGCCCACGCGCGCCUACCUCGACCAGACCGUCGUGCCCAUCCUGCUGCAAGGCCUUGCCGUGCUCGCCAAGGAGAGACCUCUGAACCCCAUCGAGUACCUGGCGGCAUUUCUCCUCAAGAACAAGUCACAGUUCGACGAACGGAAUUGAAGCGUUUUCACUUUUUUUGUCAAUAAAAUGUCUCACACACGUU